ACCCAAAGUGGAAGGAGGAACCAAAACCGACUCUGGAGCCGCCCGAAGUCGUUAAUGAGCCAACGUUAAUUAGCGCCAAUUAACGAGGUGAGCGGGGAGGGGCGAAGAACACCGCUAUGGGGGGCUCUGAGGCCUCAUUUUGGGGCGAGAAAAUCCAAUCUGGGGGCUGAAAAUGGCACUUUGGGGGCUGAAAAUCUCAAUUUGGGGAUUCAUGGAGCCCGUUUUGGGGCUGAAAACGGCACUUUUGGGAUCGAGACUCCAUUUUAGGGCUGAAAGUCUCAAUUUUGGGCUUCUGGGACCCAAUUUCAGGGUUGAAAAUUCCAUUUUGGGGCUGAAAAAUCUCAUUUUGAGGCUGAAAACGGCACUUUUUGGGCUUAAAAAUGUCAUUUCGGAAAGCGAGGAACUCCAUUUUGGGGCUGAAAAUCCCAAUUUUGGAGCUGAGGAACUCCAUUUUGGGGCUGAAAAUCCCAUUUCUUCGUGUCAGGACUCCAUUUUGGGGCCAAAGUGCCCCACUUUGGGUUGGGCGCUGCUUUUAUUGGGGUUCCAAACCGGUUUUGGGAGUUUCGGAACCGGUUUGUGUGGGGACUCCGCCCCAUUUUGGGUCCUAAUUAUGGGUUUUGGGGCCACCCUGACCCCAUUGCGGGCCGUAAUGGUAUGUUUUGGGGCUCAAAAUCGCACUUUGGGGCUGAAAAUCGCACUUUAGGGGGCUGAAAAUCUCAUUUCUGGAAUGGAGGUACUCCGUUUUGGGGCUGAAAAUGGCACUUUUUGGGCUUAAAAAAUGUCAUUUUGGAAGAUGAGGAACUCCGUUUUAGGACUGAAAAUCCCCGUUUUUGGACUGAAAAUGGCAAUUCUGGGGCUGAAAAUCGCAUUUCUGGAAUAGAAGAACUGCAUUUUGGGGCUGAAAAUGGCACUUCUGGUGUUGAAAAGAGCACUGUGGGGCUGAAAACGGCACUUUUGGGGCUGAAAAUCCGUUUUUGGAGUUCUGGAACUGAGUUUUGGGGCUGAAAAUGGCACUUCGGGGCUGAAAAUCCCAAUAUGGGGGCAGAAAAUCCCCUUUUUUUUUUUUUUUUUGGAGCUGAGGAUCUCCAUUUUGGGGCUGAAAGUCCCAUUUUGGGGUCCGAAAAUAGCACUUCUGGGGCUGAAAAAUCUCAGUUUUGGAGCCGAGGAUGUGCAUUUUGGGGCUGAAAAUGGCACUUUUGGGGCUGAAAAUCCCAUUUCUUCGUGUCAGGAUCUCCAUUUUGGGGCCAAAGUGCCCCAAUUUGGGUUGGGCGCCGCUUUUAUUGGGGUUCCAAACCGGAUUUGGGAGUUUUGGAACCGGUUUGUUUGGGGACUCCGCCCCAUUUUGGGUCCUAAUUAUGGGUUUUGGGGCCACCCUGACCCCAUUGCGGGCCGUAAUGAUCCGUUUUGGGGCUGAAUCACCCCAUUUUGGGGCUGAAUCAGAGCAUUUUGGGGGUGUAAUGAGGGGUUUUGGGGCGCCCCACAUCCGGUGCCGGAUCCCAUAAAAGGGGGUGGAAGAGGGCAACGUUUGGGCCAAAAAGGGCCGAAUUGGGGCAAAAAGAGCAGCGGAGAACUUUUUGGGGUUUCUCCCUAUGGGGCGGCUCUGCCGGUGCCGAAAACGUCGCAAAGGGAUCCGAAGAGCCCGAAACGCUCCGCCCCCUCAGUGGAACGAUGGAGGAAGUGGUGGUGCUGACCCGCAUCGUCCCGGGGGGACCCGGAAACGGACAGCCCCAUAAACCCAAGCGGGGAUUGAAGGGGGAGGCGAAGGCGCUGGGGGUGACGCAGAUGCUGAUGGGGGCCCUACAGACGUCUUUGGGGGCGGCGCUGCUGGCAGCCCUACAGGAUCCUUUCAGUACCCAACUCGGGGUCCCCGUGGGCACCGGGGUGCUGUUCAUGGUGACCGGAGCGGUGCUGCUGGCAGCGGCGGGCAAGGAGGCCGUGGGGCUGGCCCGGGCUGCGCUGGCGCUGUCGGUGCUGAGCGCGGUGUUGGCUGUCCUGCAGUUGGUGAUGCAGGGGGUGCUGCUGCCCAACGGCUGCGGGCGCUGCUGGGCCAUGGCGCCCCACGUGCAGGGGGCGGUGCUCGGCGCGCAGGCACUCCUCGCAUUGGGUGCCGCCACGGAGGUGGGGCUGGCGGUGGGCGGGGCCGUGGCGGCCGGAAGGGCCCUGGCGGGGCGGGGCCAAGUGCCAUUGGUCCUCUACCAGACGGCCCCGCCCCCUACUGUGGCCCCGCCCACCCAAGAGGCGGGUCCUGCGGUGGCUCCGCCUACCGGAAGUGCCCCUCAAUAAAUGAAAGCGGCCAAUCAGA